ACCCGACCCAUCCAGCACCCCAUCCAGUCACAGCCCACAUCGCCCGCCGCGCCGCCGCCGCCGCCGCCAGCGCCAACCCCCAAACCCUAAAACUCCCACCCGAAAAUGGCGGCCGACGAUGGAUUCUCGGCGGCGCGCCUCUUCUCGCAGGGCGUGUCCUACACCUACGACGACGUGAUCUUCCUGCCGGGCUUCAUCGACUUCCCCGCCGACGCCGUCGACCUCUCCACCCGCCUCUCCCGCCGCGUGCCGCUCUCCAUCCCCUGCGUCGCCUCCCCCAUGGACACCGUCUCCGAGGCCGCCAUGGCCGCCGCGAUGGCCUCCCUCGGCGGCGUCGCCGUCGUCCACUCCAACACCGAGCCCCGCGCCCAGGCCUCCAUCGUCCGCGCCGCCAAGUCCCGCCGCCUCCCCUUCGUCUCCUCCAUCCCCAUCUUCUCCCCGGCCUCCGCCCCGACGCUCAACGACUUCGCGGGCCACGAGUACGCCCUCGUCACCGAGCAAGGGGACUCGCUCUCCAGGCUCGUCGGCGUCGCGGUGGCCGCCGAUGCCGCCUCGCCCGAGGCCCCUGCCCCUGUAUCCGAGUACAUGCGCCCCGCCCCGCGCUCGGCCUCCGCCUCCUUUGACUUCGAGCAGGCGGCGGCCCUCCUCGCCGACGAGGGCUUGGACUACGCCCCUCUCGUGUCCGAGGAGGGUGAGGUAAUCGAUCUCAUCACCUCCAAGGACGUCGAGCGCAUUCGGAGCUAUCCGAAGCUAGGCAAGCCAUCUCUUGGGGCAGACGGGAAGUUCGUAGUUGCAGCCUCUAUUGGAACUCGUGAGGACGACAAGCGAAGGCUAGAGCAGCUAAUUCAGGCAGGGGCCAAUGCUAUUGUCAUUGAUAGCUCGCAGGGGAACUCCACCUACCAGCUUGAUAUGAUAAAGUAUGCCAAGAAGACGUUUCCGGAGGUGGAUUUGAUUGGAGGCAAUGUGGUGACAAUUGGUCAGGCACAGAAUUUGAUUGCUGCUGGAGUGGAUGGCCUGCGUGUUGGAAUGGGCUCUGGUUCAAUUUGCACUACCCAGGAGGUUUGUGCUGUUGGUAGAGGACAGGCCACUGCUGUUUACAAGGUUGCAUCAUAUGCCAAGGAUCACAAUGUGCCAGUUAUAGCUGAUGGUGGUAUUUCAUACUCUGGCCAUAUUGUGAAGGCUUUGUCACUGGGGGCAUCAACUGUUAUGAUGGGCAGUUUCUUGGCUGGCAGCCAUGAGGCUCCUGGGGCCUAUGAAUACAAGGACGGCCACCGAGUAAAAAAAUACAGAGGUAUGGGCUCCCUCGAAGCCAUGACAAAGGGGAGCGAUGCAAGGUAUCUUGGUGAUACUCUGAAGCUUAAAGUUGCCCAGGGAGUUGUUGGAGCGGUAGCUGACAAAGGUUCUGUUCUGAGGUUUAUUCCGUAUACAAUGCAAGCUGUUAAGCAAGGAUUCCAAGAUCUUGGUGCAUCCUCUUUGCAGUCAGCUCAUGAUCUUUUACGAGCGGAGACUCUUAGAUUAGAGGUGAGGACCGGCGCCGCUCAAGUGGAGGGAGGGAUCCACGGGCUGGUGUCGUACGAGAAGAAAUCAUUCUAGCCCCCAUCUUUGAUCGAGGACGGGCAUACUGGUUCUCUGCGUGUGUUCCAUCCAAGGUUGGCAGCGGGUCACCUGAUAGUGUUUGAGAGCAGCCUCCCAGCCCGUCUGUGGGGGCCGUUCGCUCCCCUAUCGAUCUACCACUACCACUAGGAUGGUUGUAACAUCAUCAUCUUUCCACCAUGGCCAUGGUUGAAAACACUGGACAUCGUAAGAAAUGGCUGUAACAAUAAAAGCGAUGUUUCCGUUUGCUA